UUAAAUUUGUGGAAGUGUACGUUUUAUUUAUUUUCUCUUACAACGCGGGAAGAGUGCAGCAAUGUCCGUCAACGCGACAAACCCCAACAAUCCCAUUGUUUUUUUCGACAUUACAAUUGGAGGACAGAAAUGAGUUUCACUCAUCAUGAACUGGCAAAGCGAGUAUAGCCACCUGAGAAGAUGCAAAGCAGCAAGUCAGAAAUUCCAACAGCGUUCUAUAAAACAGGAUGUGGGGCGGAUGAAGAUUGAACUGUUUGCUGACGUUGUCCCAAAAACGGCAGAGAAUUUCAGGCAGUUCUGCACUGGAGAGUUCCGGAAGGAUGGCGUCCCUAUUGGUUACAAGGGCUGCACAUUCCAUAGGGUGAUAAAAGACUUUAUGAUCCAAGGAGGCGACUUUGUAAAUGGUGACGGUACUGGUAUCUGCAGCAUCUACAGAGGUCCAUUUGCAGAUGAAAACUUUCGGGUGAAGCAUUCUGCGCCUGGUCUUCUGUCCAUGGCAAACAGUGGCCCAGGGACAAAUGGGUGCCAAUUUUUCAUAACCUGCACAAAAUGUGACUGGUUAGAUGGAAAACAUGUUGUUUUUGGUAAAGUUGUCGAUGGACUGCUGAUCAUGAGAAAAAUUGAGAAUGUUCCCACGGGACCCAACAACAAGCCCAAGCUGCCUAUCCUCAUUGCACAGUGUGGAGAGAUGUGAACCACCAUGCAUGCAUGCUAAUCGUUGUGUGCACAUGAAGUAAUGUGACGGAUAGUCUACUAUUCCAUGCAGUACCAUCAGUUUUUAGCAUGUCUAAUUCCAGAAAUGACACACACCUUUGCAUCAUUAAUAGAAAAUAAAUUCUUUUACAUUUUUAUAAA